CUAUCCCAUACACCAAGCACGAAGCAAAGCACAUACCUUGAAAUAGUUAGCAAAGUUGUUUAAAAUUUUUAACAUUUCGGUACACUUUGAUAUUUUUGCAAUAACACAACAUUUUAAUUCAUAAUUCUGGAAUACUGAGCCAACAAACGUUCUAAAAAAGCGAUAAAUUCUCAAAACUCCAAUUUAGAUGGGUGUCCCGAUAGAAAAGAAAUGUCCUAAGUGCCCCAAAACGUUCCAAACCAACCAAGCCAUUAAGAUCCACCUAGUCACGCACGACCCCAAUGCCAAGGUGAAAUGUGAGAUUUGCGGAAAGAUUUCGAAAAACCCCGACACCUUGGCUAAUCAUAUGAGAAACCUACACACCAAGCGCGACCGACCCAGGUGCGAUAUUUGCCACCGGGACUUCCGUGACCCUGCCAGUUUACGCCGUCACGUUAAAACCCUUCACAGCACGAGGGAACGACCCCGCUUCCCAUGCGAAUUUACCGGCUGUGCGAAAACCUACGUAUGCCAGACCCAUCUGUCGCGACAUGUGAAAACUGAACAUGCCAAAAAUCCGGUCCGGUUUCCGUGUACACUGUGCGAGAAAGAAUUUAAAUCCAGGACUCAACUUGAGUCUCACAUUCGAACCCACACGACCGAAAAGCCGUUCAAUUGUGCCACGUGUGGGAAGAGUUUCACGCAUAAAGCAGCCAUGAAGGAGCACGAGGAGACCCACCUUGAAAAAUCGAGCCGAAACAGUGUCACGUGCCGCCUUUGCGAAAGGGUUUUCUUAAGUGAAAAAGCUGUCCAAAACCAUGUCCGGGUUAUUCAUGGAAAUCAGAGGAACUACGUUUGUUCCUUAUGUAACAAAAGAUUCUCGACAUCCUAUCAUUUGACCCGCCACGCGGAGGCGGUACACCCCGCGAACAAGGAGAAGAUCCAUUCCUGCGACAAAUGCGAGUACAGGAGUAACUCAAAUCGAAAUUUAGACGAGCACAAAAGAUUGCACGGUGCUAAGAAGCAUGGAUGUUACUUUUGUGGGAAGAAAUUCGUCUUUUUUCAACAUUUAGUACGACACUUCGGUCGAAUUCAUACCCUGGAAAAGAAAUUAUUGGUGUAACUAUUGUUUUGCGUAGUAUGUAUUUACUAGCGUAGCUUUUACAUAAUAAGCAUAUAAUACCGAUGAAUAUUUGUAUUAUGGUUAUCUCAUUGUAUGUAUUAAGCUGAUAUUAAGUUUUCUCCGUAAAAUGGACUGCUUAGCUCUGUGGGAAAGUUUUCAAAAAUCCGACCUCAUUGACUACUCACAUGAGGGGAAUUCACACCCAUCGAGAACGUCCCAAUUGCGGUUUUUGUCAUGGGAUUUUUUUCGACUCGGCCAGUUAAACGAGGCACAUGGACGCCCUGCACGGUUCGAGGGAACGACCUCGUUUCCCAUGCAGAUUUACCAAUUGUGAGAAAACCAACCUAAUCCAGGGCCAUCUUUCUCGACAGGAAAAAACCGAACAUGCCCAAAAUCCUGUCAAACAUGCGUGCACCCUAUGUGGUAUGGAAUUUAAAUGCAGGACAAGGCUGGGGUUCACAUUCGGAUGCACCGAAAAGCCCUUCAAUUGUGGGAGAUAGGAGGAAUUUUGCGCUAAAGCAAAACGAAUAGAAUCGCUCGUUCACUAAUGCGAAGCAUCGAAAACAAUGAAUUUCAAUUCACAAAUGAGUCAAUCUCAAACAGAAUAAUACAUUUUGAAGGCUCAGUGAGAUCCAAUAUUCCGGAGGAGUUGCACUCUUAUCAAAAACGUAGACCCUGGAGAAAUCAAAGAUAUCAAAACAAGUCGAGAUAUUAUGCCAACAAUACAAAUAAGUCAGCACAGCUCCCAAUGAGUCACGGCCAACAAAAUAGGCUGCACCAAGAUCGUCAAAAUCAUAAUUCUGUCCAGCAUCAAGGUCGACGACACUUUGAUGAACACAAGCGUUCUCAUGCUAAAAAUCAUGGACAACACAAUUCUAACUCAUAUUUUGUAAAAAAUAACAACCCACCACAACAAAGGAGCAAUUUGUCACAUUCAUCUAUAACUUCGCGAGCUAAUUUAGAACCACCACUGAAUAAUACUACCACAAAGUCACCAUCAAAAAUCUACACAGCGUUCACAUGAGAUACGGAAGCUACUUUGUACAAGAAUAAACCGAAACGGAAAAGGUGUUUUUAUAAUUUGCAUACCAUUUUAAAAUUU